UAUGUAAACACUGUAAACUUCCGGGUCACAUCAAUAUCGAAUCGUUUUAGAGAAGAUUUUUUUAAUGGAAUCCAUUUUGUCAUUUUAUCACAUUUCAUAAUACAUGAGCCAGUCACUGACCUUGUAUCGUGUAUAGUAAUUUCACUAAAACUGAUUUUGACCACCUGAAUAAACACUAUAAAGUCUGCACACGUAAGCCAACUAUGACAUUUCAUCAUCAUGAAGGUGGAUUCCCCUUCUGUUAAUAGUCAUUCUGUAAUUUUUACCAGACGUAUUUCCUGCAAGUUUACUGUGAAUUGGUGUCUCAAGGAUUUUACCAUACGGAUUCGUCGAAAAUAAAAACUAAUGUACAGUUUUAGACCUUGCAAUGUUUCGGUAAAUGUGCCGGUUUAAUAUGGAGAGAGAACUUACUCAGUUUAUCAGUACGGAGUUUCUGUAGAAUGGAAGAUGGACAAAAGGGUCCAAUGACAUUCGACGACAUAGCUCAGGAGCAUUUUACUCAUCGAUUUACCCUAAACAAUGCUCAGACAAAAGCUAUGGAUUCAAAUAGUAUCACAUUAUGGCAGUUUCUUUUGGAAUUGUUAAUUAGUAAUCAACACAGUCGGAUUAUUCAGUGGACAAAUAAUGAAGGUGAAUUUAAGCUUAUAAAUGCAGAAGAAGUUGCUAAACUAUGGGGAUUGCGCAAGAAUAAGCAUAACAUGAAUUACGACAAACUUAGUCGGGCACUGAGGUAUUAUUAUGACAAAAAUAUAAUUAAAAAAGUAAUGGGACAAAAAUUUGUGUACAAAUUUGUUUCAUUUCCAGAAAUAGUGAAGACAGAAAACAAAGUGCCAUUUAAAGUGAAAAUGGAAACAUUGGCACAGGAAUAUGGACAAAAAGUAUAUCCACAUUUUGCUUCGUAUAACCCCAUGGAACUAAAGUCUUCAGCAAAUCAUGCAUUGCAACCGAAUCAUACUCAAAACUUGUCAUGGAUUAAACAGGAAGAACCGGAUACAACAACACCUAGUCCCAUACCCCAUACUGUAAUGGAGGUCGGAAACACAACUUUAUCGGAGACAAGGGUUCCAUCUUGUUCACCUUCACCAUCACCUGUCAAUUUAUCCACAUCGAAAAGUGAUUCUGUGAUGCAUAAAAUGAAUGGAGGAAGUAAACUAUCAGUAGUUAUAAAUUCUGCUUCUUCUAAACCGAAACCGGUGCCCUUGUCCUUCAGUGAAAUUAACAGUAUGACAUCAUCAAUAUUUUCAUCAUCCUUAAGUGCUCUUAUACCUGGAAGUCCAAAAUUCGUUUCGCCGUUAGUGCAGCCUAGUCCAAUGAUUGGACCAAGAACUCCAUUUUUACAUUUCUGGAGUUCCCUUAGUCCUAUAACGACAAUGAGCCCAAGGGUUUGCUCUGCAUCUGCUUUCCAGUUUCCAACGUUCCCGGUGACAACAAUGACAUUAUCUCCGAUGGCAGCACCAUCUAAUUUUUCAAAUGUAGAAUCGUUGGCAACGCCAGCAUUGACUUCACCUACAAGGACUACAUGUAUAUCUUGUGUACUAUGACUGUAACUUUAUAUUUUGUUGUAAAUAUUUAUCAAUCCCAAGUGCUAUUGAAAAUUUAUCACGCUAGAAAGGUUUUAGACUUCAGUCCUCGAAGGAUGUGACGCGCGUGUUUUAUGUUUUUAUACUGUAACAUUUGCUUUUUCUUUAUUCUAUUUUUACACUAAUCAGAUUAUAAACAAGCAAAUGCAGUUAUUGUAAGUAUAUUUAUAGUGUCUUUGUUAAGUAAAGUUAUAUAGGUAUUUUUUACAGAGACAAUUAAGUGCCUGGCUGUGACCUACAUGUAUCAAACUCAUUUCAAAUGUUCACAAGACUUCAGCAGUAUUAAUUACAUUGGUUGCAAUCACCGUGAUAAAAAUAAUUGUUAUAUAAAACAUGAUAAAUAUAGAUUAUAACAUGGCAUUUUUCAUAUCAGACCCCUUAUCAGCCCUAGGUCAUGAUAUCAGCCCUAGGUCAUGAUAUCAGCCCGAGAGCCUUUCGGCUCGAGGGAUGAUUUUGACCAUGGGCUGAUAAGGGGUCUGAUAUGAAAAAUGACUUGUUAUGUUUUUUUUUAUCAUAUACUUCAACAGAAGACAUACAGGACAGGAACUAUUUUCAAAACUUUGAAAAAAUGCAUUAAUUGUAUUAUUUGUUUACUUUCUUAAUAAUAUAUUUUCAUGUUUCGUAAUAUUUGUUUUUUUAUACGACUUUGUUUUUCACUGAGGUGUAUUUUUGAAUUUGCCGAGUGACGUCGAAAUGCCAUUUAUUAUAACGUUACAGAAAAGCAUGCGAUAAUAACCGGAAGCAGUUGAUAACGAAAGUCAUAUCACACGGCUAAGGCCAUUCUUCAAAUUUAAUGAAUAAAUAUGUAAAAAUUACCGUUUUAUCAAGGGGUACAAUUAUACCAUUAUUUUCUAUAAGUAUAUGAUAAAUCCUUCAUAUGAGGUGUUAACCAGAGUUAAAAUUUCUCUAUAUUUGAAUUCUUCGAUUAUUCAUUUAUUUUAUUAUAUUGACUGUUUAUGUAAAUAAAGUACAAAAUGAACUACAAUUUGUUAUGUGCAUUCAGGGAUUUUUGCUGUUUAAAUUAUUACGCCAUAUCCCACAUUUUAUACUUUAUUUGCAUUUAUGUCAAUAUACGAACAUACCAAUGACUAAUCGAAGAAUUCAAAUAUCGAAAAAUAUCCAACUACUGCAAUAGCUGGGACUAAUACUAUAUGUCCCAGACAAAAGUGAUAAUUAUAAUUCAUGUCCUACGCUGUGUGUUGUUCAGUUACCCGUUUACUAUUGAUCUUUCAACUCUUGGAGUAGUAUUUUAAAAUUUUGCCUUGAAAAUCCAAGUAGGACUUAAAAUGCUUGCUUUUAAAGAAGAACUGCAAAAACUGCCAAAAUAGUCCCGCUUUGAGAGCUUGCCAUUAUAUUAAGAUGAUAGCUUAGGCCUUACCAAAAAAGUUUGAUAAACGAUGUCUUAAAAAGAUAUUAAUGUAUUUAACAUAUCUUUUACGGUGGGGCCUUGGCUGAUAUUUAAUUUUGCCGAAAAUAUGUGUAGAAAAUCCAUUUAAGGUAAAAUGUAAAUUUUAGAUUGUUAAUGACGUUACAGUGAUAUGAUAGCUGAAAAUUUUGUACUUAAGAGUCCAGAUUAUAUCAUCCUAUUUAUUUAUAGAUAAAACUAGAUGAAAUAAUUGAAUUUUUUUUUUACUAUUUUUGCAAUUUAAGAUAAUGGCUCAUCGUGCUCCUCCUUCUUAAUUUGUAUAUUUUCUAAAAAUCAAUUCAUGCCGAAAAUAUUUCCCCAACGUAGUGACCAUGUUUCAAUGACUGAAACCUGUUUUCUGACUGGUCUUUACAAGUAUCAUUUGUUUUUAUCAACGCUCCGAUUGAGGUUGACGUAUAUAGAUUAGGCAGCUCUUCAGUCUAUGAAAUAUUAAUUUAACCAUACAUAAUCUAACUCGCUCUUAAUUGAUUGAGGUAGCUGCAUAUGUAAUUACCACAUUUGCUCAAUUGUGCACACAACCAAAACAGUUUUAACUGGCUUAGUCACUUAACAUUCCUUUGACUCCCCACUCCUAUGAUGUUGGUACAUUGCUAAUUCAAAGAUAAGAAAGGAGGACUAUCAAAACGAAAAAUUAAUAGUAUAAUGAUUGCGAUAGCAACUUCUACGCUAACGGUUAUAGUUUCCUGGAGUCGGUUGCACAAAAAAUCUUACGACUUAGAUUGAUCGUUAGUCAUGAACAAUUCAGUAAACUUACGAUCAAUCUUAUAGUCGUAAGUUUUUUUGUGAAACCGACCGCUGAACCUUAAAAUGGUUAUCAUCGUCCAUAGAUCAGCUUACACGGACCAUAGUUCAGUGCGAACUAUUGUCAUAAUAAAACACCUGUCGUUCUUAAAUACAUUCCUCUCGAACUACUGUGCCAAAAUGUAAGAAAUAAUUAAUUGGAAAUCCAUUAUAAAUUCCGUAUUCCGAAUUCUUUUGGAACAAUUUCCAAACUUCAUCUAUAAAAGUAUAUACUAGUAAAGCAAUUUCUUUCAAAAUUUUGUUAGAAGGAUGAUGUUGUCUAGGAAACUGUCACAAACACAGCAUUUCAUGCUGAUCUGUAGGCAUAGAACAUUGCAGACUUGCUGUUGCACAUUAAACUCCGAUCGAAACCUAUAUAUGGGAGUGAUAAUGUACGAAACGGAAGGACCCCAUGUAACUCCCCUUUAUGCUCUGACGACUCAAGACAUGGCAGUUAGGAGAAUUCUAGAAUAUGAUUAGUCACUUAACAAAGUCCUUGCCUUAUUAAACUAUAGAUCAUAUGAUCUUAUACUAAUGGUGAUGGUGAUCGGGUUAUCCACUCAACCAACAGAAUACGAAAUGAUUUGCGUGUUCUAAGCUAUGUACCAAACAUGCCAGAAAUAUUAUUUCGCGGAAAGGUCAUAUAAAAUUGCAAGGUUUCCGUUGUGGCGAACAUAUGCCUAGAAACAGGAAUUCAUGGUUGCUAUUGGUCAAUUCUCAAAUUGCAUACCUCUGACUUAAACUCGGAGAGACUUAUUCAAAUUUUAUAGUGGUUAUGACCCUAAAGACGUCUCUGCAAAGAUUCAUUACUAUAUAUUGAUAGGGUUGCAUAAAUGACGAUUGUAUUUCUACAUAAACCCAUAAAACCCUGUUGGACUGUUUUCUUCUCCGAAAAGUUUUUAAAAAACUUGAUUUAGGAAUAAAAAAAUGAUCGUCCUUUAUAAACAAGCAAUAAAAAAACAGACAAAAAAUAUAGCUUGAUACUAUAUAGCUACUUUGUCCAGUUUUGUUAAAUGAUUUUUUAUAUGAUACUACAAAGUCAAUGUAUGCUAAAAAAGGGUGAUGAUUUUGGUUCGAAUGGAAAAUAAGUUGAUAGCACCCAGUCGUGUCAAAUGCGGGAAACAAGCUUCUUUGAGACUAGAUUUAUCAUAUGUUAUUGUAUAAUUUAUAUUUUGUUCUCUAAAUAAAAACAUGUAUUUUUAAAAA